UCUACAUUGCUGAUUGUGGCUAUCAAAUCCGUUGUGUUGUAAUUGAUGGUAAACGUGCUUUGUAAAAGUCACCUCCCAAACUGAGUUUACAUCUAGCGCCAGAGAGUUCCAAUACCUUUAAAUUUUUAAUCAGCGUUGCUGACACAACUCAGAUCAGGUACGUUUUAACGGGAGGGCAAAAUUCCUCAGAUUCAGAUGAUUUUGUUCAUUCGUGUACUGACAGGGAAUUUGAACACUAUCAGGCACUUCGAAUGCUUUGUAGCACAAGUAGCGGAAUGAAGCGCGGAAUCGUAUUCCUAUGGGCGCUAGGAAGCGACAAAUGAUUUCUUCGUGAAGGCAACAACACUUAUUUCUCUUUAUUGUGUUUUCCUUAGCUGAGGUGAUGGGUUAUUUCAAAAGAGCGCGUUAAAGCAUGUUUUGUGAUGCAAAACGUAAUUAUUAACACAAGACGCGACUGUCAUUUGAAUACUAAUUUGUCACGCCGCGCUACAAGAAGAACAAAUUCUUUCGAUCGUGUUUCGCUUUUCAACAAAUGACUGUUAGAAUUGGAAGAAAACAAGUGUUCCUCGUGGAUUAGAGGUCUCCAAGAGUGUGAAGGGUAUGGAAUAUUGGUAACUUAUUGUGUCAUGGUUAGCAAGUCAAAAGGCAAAUUAAACAAGAGGCUAUUCAAAGUUAUUGAAAGCUCGCUCAGUAUCGCAGUAAAAUAUGCAAAGAGAGGAAGCGGAUUCUUACAUGAGAAUUUUGCUGAAAAUUUCACGUACCUUUUGUUUUCCAAUGUUUAAAUAACUCGUUCUUCUGCCCGUUUGAGGUUUCGAAAAGGCUGGAGAAACAAGAGCUGACAUUUUUUGUAACUUUCUUUAGCUCUCAUAGCAACACACGAGGGCAAGCCAAGAAGCCCCUGAGGCCAUGAGUUUUGACCCUACCGAUGUGUGCCAUGUUAACUAAAUUGAACUCGGAAAUUUUCACUGCCAUGAUAACUUUGUGAGGAAAUUGUCCUUUGUGCUGUGUUGUACUCAAAGUGUAGAUUUUUGUUUGCUGAAGAUGUUUUUGCGUGAUACAGAUACCCAUGGCUGAGUCUUACUUGUUUUCAAAUAUAAUUUACAUAUUUGUGGCUUCGGGUCGUGGCAAGCUUGUCGAGACUGAGCUUCACAGCACUGGUUUAACCUCUGUGGUGGUGGUGUUCUGUAGAAAAGAGCAUCGAUUGCUCCGUUCGUAAUCCAGUCCUGUGUGGUUUGCUUCUACAUGCUAGCAAUGCUAGAGUCCACAACGUCUGCGUUUUGUUUUAAUUGGUACGUUCUCCCGUCGAUAACUUAUUCUAAAUGAAUACGGAGGUAAUAAUGGGCAGGAGGAACAAAAGCGUAGCGAUGAUAACAUUCAGUAAUGUGUUUUCGUUUUACGACGAGGUAAAGAUAUUUGCCCAGACGUGUUAUCGGUGUUGCGUUUCACGUCUUUCCAUCGUGGCACUUGAUAUGUGCAUUCCACCGCUCUUCAGCUGCAAAUUGAUGAGAGCGUAACAUCGAAAGUCACUCAAACGUAAGUUUGCAAAAUUGUCCUGCAGCUCAAACAGCCUCUCGCAUUUGGAAUGUCCACAGUCCAUGUGAACACGUGUUGAUCAGAGUCAAUUGCUUGAUGCCUGGCGAGUCAGCUCGAGUGAACAGAGUUUGUAUGAUUUCGUGUUUGUUCUCAGUGACUUAAAUUCUGACCGAUUAAUAUUAUUGUUUUUUUCUAAGAAAACUGACUUGCAUAAGAAUAUUCUUUUCGCACUUGUCCAUGUUAAUUCCAGUCUUAAAUCCAAUCCAAAUUCAUUGUAAGGUUGUUUAAGCAUUUACAAAACCUCUAUAAUAUGUUUUUAAACAGUUAGUGGGAAUUGUUAUUCAUAUAGAAUAAUACACGAUCACACUCUACGACCUCCAGAAUAAAUUAUUGUUAGUGCUGAUUAAAAUGCUCAAAUCUUAUGUCAUUCAAUUUUACGAAUUCUCCGAUUUACGUUAUUCUUUGAUGUAAGGAAGGUGGACGCGAUAAAGUUAAUUAAUACAAUUUGUUUGUGAUAGUGGCGAGAUUUGUUUGAGCCAAAUACAGUCCUUAGGAAUCCGGGACAAAGUGCAGGGCACCCAACGGAUUGUUUGGAUAAUUUAUCUGUUCGGAAGACCUUUAAUCUCCUCCGAUUUUCUUAAGUGAAUGAGCUCCUCGAAUUUUCGUGAUAUGCGAAAUAUAAUGACUGAUAAAAUGUCUGUGGUUACCAAAGAAAGCCCACCUAUGAUCUGAGAAAGGCCACAACUGCUAAUGUCUUACAUCUAGAAAUGGACAUAAAAGCCCUUAGCUAAUAAAUUCAAGAAGAUUCUAGAAUGACAGGACAGAUAAACAACAUAUAUAACGCAGCUUAAAAUUAACCUGCAGAGCUUUAGAAAGCACUCUAGAUAGCCUAAAACAGUGUAUUUACGCAUUUAAGUGAACCUUCGUUGGGUGCCCCUGAGGGUACCACUAAAAGACAUGCAGUAUCGAUUUGGCUCGUGUCGUGCUGUUUUAUUUUGGUCCUUGAUUUGGGUUACAUGUAGUUUACAGUAGACAGGCCGAGGCUCAUUUACUAGCACUAAAUAUAAAUUCUUGCACUGAUAUCACGAGAUCUACGUUACUGACGUUUUAUCAUCAUUCAAAGUUAAAUAACCGGCGCACACGUAUAGUAUAGGAAACAUUUUUAAUGCAACCAAUGUCUAGGCGGAUUAUGUGGGAAGUAGAGCUGUAAGAGUUUAACAAAGAAACUAGAACUGACAAAAGCCACAAGACGGGCAGGAAAAUUUUACACCGCAAUGGUUUCGUGACAUGAUUGAGGUCAUAGAGUAUGCGAGGUUUCAAAACAACUCUUUUUGGAAUGAUAACAGUUUCAUUAGACGUGUGAACGUUUUUGUUUUUACUGCGAUUUGAGUGCGUUUGAACAACACUCACGCUUUCGGGCAUUGCGUAAUUUUUGCGGGGAAUAAGGUCACCUCCCCCCCAAGUCCGAAGGUGCCCGUACGCCUAAGGUGGCGCGAGUUUUUUGAGCCAAUCGUUAAAUGCGAAUUACUGUAGACACGCAAAUGAAAAUCGUUCUUGAUUUCGAUUACUUAAUCCUUGGUUGGGUUGGUCGAAUGACCGAGCACGCGAGCGCACGUAAAAAUCCCUCGCACGAGGAGACACAAUGUGUGAGUUCCGGUGUGUUAUGAUGCUGUUAAAUGUACUGAUUUCUCUGAACACCUUUUUUCACUGAAUGCUUCUUAUUCUCCACAGUUUAAACUUGGCAUAGACAAGUGACCAAUCAACAGGGAUAGCAACAAAGUGCCGCCAUGUACUCCUUAAAUGAUAUCACGAAUGGUUGUCCAAUCAAGGUGGAAAGUGUCCAGUCAAGUUGCAAUGGGCACAGCAGUGAAGUGAUCUCCAUUAACGGGAUGUCUGUUGUCAAGACAGAGAAAUUAAGUUCACCUUGCAACACGGUUAGUCAAGAAACAAUUUUAUUGCCACAGGAGAUAGUCUAUGAAGUACCUUCACUUGGAGAAAUCAACACUGAAGAAGAUGUACUCAAUAUUCAAAUAAGUAACGUCCAAGGAGCAACAUCUGAUCAAAACGUUGUCAAAAAUGAACCUGUGGUUAGUAAUUAUGGUCAGAUGAAAAACAGCGCUGUUGAGGACGAACGGUUGGCCUUUAAUCAGACAGCAAGUCAAGUGGAUAAGUCGAGCAACCAAAAAACACAACCAAGAUUUGAAGUCGACCCAAAUACGAAAAGUCCACUGGCAGAAAGUGUUCCUGAUGGACAGCUGUCAAAGAACAUGAUAAGCCAAGAGGAAAGGUAUCCAGUGGAAACCGAAGUGCGCGCUUCAGUGAAUCAGUCAAGCAUCCUUAAUGGGGAUCCACUAACCGAAACAGCAGGAAAAGAAAGAGGAAUGUCUUUCACAUUAAAUUCCCACGAACCUGAGAUAUUACCAUCUAACCAUCUUAGCCAUACUCCAAGUAUUUCACAGAUAAGUAACCAAUACCCGUCGUCAGCUUAUCAAAUAAGUACCAAUGGCACGUUAUCACUUUAUCAGGCUGAUACAGAGGGGACAUUGUCUACUUACCAGAAUGGUACUCCUGAGAUUGUGUCCACUCAGCAGAUGUCUACCAACAUUCCAUCAGUUUAUAUGACCACACCUCUUUAUCACAUGGCUACCCACGGAGACAUGCCAGGUUCCCAACUUGAAGCAAAUAUGUAUUAUCAGAUGAACCACCACAACGAAAUGUCCGCGUAUCAUGGUGGCUACAAUUCACACAGUCCACAACUAACCAAGCCUCUCUCCCAUGGUAUGAUGUCAAACAAACAAAGGGGUACCCUCAGUUGUAAUUGUUGUUGUCAUGCCCAAAACGAAUCUUCACACUUUCCUGCUUUUGGUUUGGAAGCGCCACGCCCUUCAGUUAUCAUGGUGCCCGUCAAUCGUCCCACCGCUGCUUCAGCGCUAUCCCAUGUGCCAUAUAAGGUUGAUUCCACUUCCUACAUGAUGCCCUUGAGAAAUCUGGAUUAUUCACGACAGGAUUUUGCUGAACAGAGAAUGGAAUAUUCGGAUGAUUCAGACUCAUCUGAUGAUGAUGGAAACAGAAAACAAAAAAAGUAUUUUCGUAAGAACAUCGAUGGAACAACCGCAAGAUUUAAGUUGACGAAAGAGGACUGGGCGAGAAUUCCAAUCAACACAUUUCCAAGCGGCGGCCGAUUGUUGAGUGGCGACUGGACGCGAAUCUUCCUCAGCAAAGUUAAAGAAAGCAACCCAUGGUGCAGUUUGCGCUUCAAGAAUAAUCACGUGAGAUCAGAAAACUCGCGGAAAAUCCACUCAGCGGUGUUCUUCAGAGGAGGAGCGGAAUGCAAGCGACCAGAGUGUAACGUGAAAGUGAGAUUUGUCAUCCGGAAAGAAAAAGGAAAACACGUGGAUGUGACGUAUGUGGGUGAUGUUUGCCACGAUAGUCAGCCAGGUAGGAGUGACGUCAUAGACGACAGAAAAAGGAAGAAAAUUGUUCGUCGCACAUUUUCUUCUUAAAACUGAAUCACCUCAAAAUCCAACAAUCGAUUAAUUAAACGAAGUUUUAGAAGUAGCUUAUAGGUCAAGCGAUGUUUGCACGACUGCAAUUACCAACAAGAUGGAGGUAAAGUUAUUUUUAUUACAGCGUGCACUAGCUACAGAGGGGGGUGGGGUGUAAACGUUGUUCGGAAGUGUUACAAGUGUGGCUUUUGUUGUAUGAAACAUAUUAUAAACUACAAAUUUUUCAAAUACUGUUUUGCUUCGUUUAAGAAUCGUUCUUAAGUCUGAAGAGUAUUUUCUAAAACUUGCGUAAUGAAUUGACAAGGUAAAACAGAAAGGAUUGCUUUGUAAAACUUUGUUCGAUUUUAUAAAUGCAAGACACUAUAUAUUUAUACUAUUCAACUCUGGACACUAUAUUUUUAUAUAUCGACUGCCUAUUGUUACCGGUGGAGAAUCUAAUUUCAGCUUCUCUCAUUCAAAUAAGCCUUCAGAAUACAUAUUUUAUUUAUCAAGACAAGACACCUUUAGCAAUAUCAGUGAAAUAAGUACGUGUAAUCAACUUAAGGAACAGUUGCAUUGCAACUGACAUAACUUCAGGAUAUAAUCCAAAUGAUAAGGUCAUUUUGGCCAUGUUAAUACAGUUUUGUAUUUUUUUAAUGAAACCAAACAUAAUUGGUACGUGCAUAGUAUAUCACCUUUUAGUAUAAAUCUACUAGCGUUCUAUCACAAAUGCCGUUCUCUGAGUGGCUACACUACUCACUAACUAUUCUGUGAUCGAUGGUGAGGAGCGUAGCAGUGUGCCCUUGUUAACAAACCGAGGGCCGCUUCUUGACGUUUUCGAAGAGUCUGUGAAGAAUAUUUAGAUAAAGUUUUGAAUGACUAGUAGAUUUAUACUAAAACAAUUAGAUUACUCGCUCUCGAUUUCU